UUACGGUAAUUCCGGUAUAAGCUCUUGAACGCUGCACGGUUGUGGCUACGAAGACGCGAGCGGACAAAAGGCGUGCUGGGAAAUUCACAAACGUGAUGAAUUAAUCAGCGAGCAAUGUCUCGUUUUCCCGAUACCUCCAUACCUCCAUUUUAGAUACGGAGCUAGCUCGCGAUCCGGCGGAGGAGUGUGUUUGAUGGAGAGACUCGGAAAGAGGCGACGCGGCGGCGGAGGAACAGCGCGAGGCGCCAAGGCGCGUGAAGCCAGAAAACCAUCCGAAGAGGAAUAAACGAGUGAAGUAAAGAGAGAGAGGGAAGAGGGGAGGGAUAGAAAACGCCCUUCUCAACACCCCCCUCCAAAAAAAUUACUAACCCCAACAAUUUCUUUCUUGAUCAGGGAAGUUGAGCAUGGCGCGGCGGACUGAGUCGGGGUCCUGCCCGACUUUUCAAACUUAAUUGGAGGAGCAUUUCCGGUUGGAUUAAUCCACAUUUUUUUGCCCUGCUGGUGGGGUGGGAGAUCCUAGAAAACCCUACAGGCCAAAGAGGAGCUACAGUUGUUGUCAUUUUGGUUUGAAUGCAGCGCCCUCGCGCAGGAAUCUAACCUCUAGAGCGUGGUCUGAUCUGAGGAUAUGAUCUGAUGAUGUCUUCGGGAGCCGAAAGCAGGAUGGAGAAGCGGCUGAAGAAACUGGAGGCCAUGGUCAGAGACCCGCGCUCUGCCAUCAACCUGGAAAGUUUGCUGGAUGCCAUGAACGCCAUGGUGUUAGACCUGAGCUUCCCCGCGCUGCGCAAGAACAAGAACAUCGAAACCUUCUUAAACAGAUAUGAGGCGGUCAUGGGUGACGUCAGAGAUCUGCAGAUGAAGCCGGAGGAUUUCGACAAGGUGAAGGUGAUCGGCAGGGGAGCGUUCGGAGAAGUGCAGCUGGUGAGACACAAGGCAUCUCAGAAAGUUUACGCCAUGAAGUUACUGAGUAAAUUUGAGAUGAUCAAGCGCUCAGACUCGGCGUUCUUCUGGGAGGAGAGAGACAUCAUGGCAUUUGCACACAGCCCCUGGGUCGUACAGCUGUGCUGUGCGUUCCAGGAUGAAAGGUUCCUCUACAUGGUGAUGGAAUACAUGCCGGGCGGUGACCUGGUCAAUCUCACCAGUACAUACGACGUUCCAGAGAAGUGGGCCAAGUUCUACACGGCCGAGGUGGUCAUGGCUCUGGACGCCAUCCACUCCAUGGGCUUCAUCCACCGAGACGUGAAGCCCGACAACAUGCUGCUGGACCACAACGGCCACCUCAAACUCGCCGACUUCGGCACCUGCAUGAAGAUGGACUCGACAGGCAUGGUGCACUGUGACACGGCGGUGGGCACGCCCGACUACAUCUCCCCCGAGGUGCUGAAGUCACAGGGAGGAGACGGCUACUACGGGCGCGAGUGCGACUGGUGGUCUGUGGGAGUGUUUAUUUUCGAGAUGCUCGUAGGUGACACCCCGUUCUACGCCGACUCCCUGGUAGGAACCUACAGUAAAAUCAUGGACCAUAAGAACUCGCUGAACUUCCCCGACGAUGUGGAGAUCUCGAAGGAGGCCAAAGACAUCAUCUGUUCCUUCCUGACUGAUAGGGAGGUGCGUUUAGGACGGAACGGCGUGGAAGAGAUUAAGAGACACCCGUUCUUCAGAAACGACCAGUGGACCUUCGACACCAUCAGAGACAGCGUGGCCCCGGUGGUCCCCGAGCUGAUGAGCGAUGUGGACACCAGUAAUUUCGAUGAGAUUGAGGACGAUAAAGGCGAUGCGGAGACGUUUCCUAUGCCCAAAGCCUUUGUAGGCAACCAACUGCCCUUCGUGGGGUUUACGUACUUCAAAGAAGACCAGUUGUUAAAUGCGAUCAACAGUUCAUCAGAACGCCCUGCUUCUGUUAAAGAAGAGGACAGUGUUGUGCUUCAGAGGAAGCUUCACUCUUUAGAGGAGCAGCUGAAUAAUGAGAUGCAGGCCAAAGACGAGCUCGAGCACAAGUACAGGAUGAGCAGUGCACGACUUGACAAGAUCACCAAAGAGCUGGAGGAAGAGAUAAGCAGUAGGAAGACUCUGGAGUCGUCCCUUAGACAGCUGGAGAGAGAAAAAGCUCUGCUGCAGCACAAAAGCGUUGAGAGCCACAGAAAGGCAGAGAGCGAGGCAGAUCGCAAACGCUGCCUCGAAAAUGAAGUGAACAGUCUGAGGGAUCAGCUAGAGGAGAUGAAGAAGAGGAACCAAAACUCACACAUUUCCAAUGAGAAGAACAUCCACCUGCAGAGACAGCUGGACGAAGCGAACGUAUUGUUGAGGGCGGAGUCGGAGGCAGCAGCUCGUCUGCGUAAGUCUCAGACAGAGGGCAGUAAGCAGGUGCAGCAGCUGGAGACACACCUGAGAGAGCUGCAGGACAAAUGCUGCCUGCUGGAGAGUAGCAAACUGACCCUGGAGAAAGACUUCAUCAGCCUGCAGGCCGCGCUGGACACUGAGAAACGAGAACACACACAGCGCUCCGAGAUCAUCUCUGACCUGCAGGGGCGUCUCUCGGGUCUGGAGGACGAGCUGAAGCAGGUCAGACAUGCGCUGUCCAAAUCCGAGACACAGAAGAGACAACUGCAGGAGAAACUCACUGAUCUGGAGAAGGAGAAGAGCAAUAAGGAGAUUGACAUGACGUACAAGCUGAAGGUCCUGCAGCAGAGUCUGGAGCAGGAGGAGACGGCGCACAAAACCACGAAGACGCGACUCGCCGACAAGAACAAGAUCAGCGAGUCCAUCGAGGGAGCCAAGUCCGAGGCGGUGAAGGAUCUGGAGCAGAAGCUGCAGGCCGAGCGUUUCUCUAAGCAGCAGGUGGAGAACCGACUGCUCGAGCUGGAGAAACACAACUCCAUGUUGGACUGCGAUUACAAACAGGCGCAGCACAAACUCGAGGAGCUGCGCAGACACAAGGACCAACUCACUGAGGAGGUGAAGAACCUGUCCCUGAAGAUCGAGCAGGAGAUCCAGAAGCGCACUCUGACCCAGAACGACCUGAAGGUACAGAACCAGCAGCUCAGCACCCUAAAGACAUCAGAGAAGCAGCUCAAACAGGAGAUUAAUCACCUGCUGGACAUCAAACGAAGCCUGGAGAAGCAGAUCAUGGAGCUUCGCAAAGAGCGUCAGGAUUCAGAUGGACAGAUGAAGGAGCUUCAGGAUCAGCUGGAGGCGGAACAGUAUUUCUCAACACUAUACAAGACUCAGGUCCGGGAGUUAAAGGAGGAGUGUGAAGAGAGGAAUAAGCUUUAUAAAGACAUGCAGCAGAAUCUGCAGGAGCUUCAGGAGGAGAGGGAUUCUCUGGCCGCUCAGCUGGAGAUCACCCUGACGAAGGCCGACUCGGAGCAACUGGCUCGGUCCAUUGCUGAGGAGCAGUACUCCGAUCUGGAGAAGGAGAAGAUCAUGAAGGAGCUAGAGAUUAAGGAGAUGAUGGCCAGACACCGACAGGAACUCGGCGAGAAGGACACCACCAUCAGCUUGUUGGAGGAAGCUAACCGCAUGCUAACGAGCGACGUCGCGAACCUGGCUAACGAGAAAGAAGAGCUGAACAACAAGCUGAAGGAGGCACUGGAGGAUCUGCAGAAGGUGAAGGCAGAUGAACAAUCCAUCACACAGAUGAAGCUCGCAUAUGAGAAGCAGCUCCAGUCAGAGAGGACUCUCAAGACACAGGCUGUGAACAAGCUGGCUGAAAUCAUGAACAGGAAGGAAGUGCGUGGCAAUGGAAGUCGCCGUGGAAACGACACGGACGUGAAGAGGAAGGAGAAAGAGAACAGGAAAUUGCAGCUGGAGCUACGAUCCGAACGGGAGAAACUCAACAGCACCAUCAUCAAAUAUCAACGAGAGAUCAACGAAAUGCAGGCGCAACUAGCAGACGAGUCGGUGAUGCGUGUGGAGCUGCAGAUGGCUCUGGACAGUAAAGACAGUGAUAUCGAGCAGCUCCGAAGCCUUCUCAACUCCAUCAAUGUCCACUCGCUGGAGUCAGCUAGCAUGAGCAGCGGCCCCGAGUUCGAAACAGACGAGUCGCUGCCAGAGACCAGGUUAGAGGGCUGGCUCUCUCUCCCUGUGAGGAACAACACCAAGCGCUUCGGCUGGGAGAGAAAGUAUGUGGUGGUGAGCAGCAAGAAGAUCCUCUUCUACAACAGCGAGCAGGAUAAAGAGCUCUCGAACCCCUACAUGGUGCUGGAUAUAGAUAAACUCUUCCACGUUCGCUCGGUCACUCAGACGGACGUGUACCGUGCAGACGCUAAAGAAAUUCCUCGAAUAUUUCAGAUCCUGUAUGCUAACGAGGGUGAGAGUAAGAAAGAGCAGGAAGUGGAGCCACUGCCCAUCGGAGAGAAGUCCAGCUACAUCUGCCACAAAGGUCACGAGUUCAUCCCCACGCUCUACCACUUCCCCACUACCUGCGAGGCCUGCACCAAGCCGCUGUGGAACAUGUUCAAGCCGCCUCCCGCCCUCGAGUGCCGCCGCUGCCACAUCAAGUGCCACAAAGACCACAUGGAUAAGAAAGAGGAGGUGAUCGCUCCGUGUAAAGUAAACUAUGACGUGUCCAUGGCGAAGAACCUGCUGCUGCUGGCGUCGUCUCAGGAGGAGCAGCAGAAGUGGGUCAGCAGGCUCGUGAAGAAGAUCCCUAAAAAGCCUCCGGGCCCCGAGUGGAGCCAUCGCUCGUCCCCUCGCGUCCCCGCUAAAGUCCAGGCCAGCCAGUCGAUGAGGAGAACCAGCCGCCAGCUACAGGCCGGAAAAACCAGCUAACCUCACUUUGGGAAUGUGGUGUAACUUCGUGCUGAGGUCGGGGCUCUCCUGCUUUUCACACCAAGAACUUAACGUUUUUUUAAAAAUAAAAUCUUCCAUCGAUUCCAAACUAGCGAGAGAACGUUACGUUAGCGGUUUCGAGCAUUGACAUGUAGAGACGUCCCAGAGGUUUUCCUGGACCUUAAAAAAAACCCAGAGAAAUGUGAGAAGAUGAGUCUCUCCAAAGCUCGGAUCUUCACCACCUUCAGCUCCAGGACUCCGUUUCUUCACCGAAUCCAGAAUGCUCUGAUGGACUGAUGCACCAAAGGGGACAAACUACAAGACUAUGGAGGAAUCGGUCCUGUCCAGAUGUUCUUGGAGGAAAUUUAAAAAAAUCUGGGGGUCGUGGAGAUGGUGUUUGCAGAGAUGAUUACAUCAUGAUAACGGUCCAAACUUUUCAUCACACAUCAUCACAAUACAUCAGAGAAGGAACCAUAGUCUGCUAGUUUUUUUUUUUUAUCUUUCUUUCAAAUUUGAUAUGUUUUCAAUCCAAAAUAAGAACCUUAUAGGAUUUUUUUUCUGAAGGUACCCAUCUUUUGAAGGAACCUCAACAGGCUUUGAGAGAUCUCUGAGCUGGUUUUCUGCCUUAAAUGGGGUUCUGUGUGGAAACUUUUUGUUAAGUUAAUAUGGACAAAGUCUUUUGUAAGUACCCGUCCACUGGGGCAGCGGUUUCUCUGACCAGGAACCUCAGAAGAUGCUCACAGUUAAGGGUUCUGUGUUUGUCCUCCUGGGAAAGCAGUAUUUUAAUGUUAGAAUGAAAAUCUUCCAAGAAAAAGACCUUUCGGGGGAAAGGAAACCAUCUCAUCAACAUGGGCAACAUGGGCAUUUAAUCAUAGAAGCCUUAGACCUCAAAAGGGUUCCUUGGUUGUUCCUCUACGAGAACAGUGAUUCCCAAUCAGUAGGGGUUUCAGGUAGAACACUACGAAGCUUUAAUUAUGGAGAGGAAGCUACUGUAGGGGACUUUCAAAGGGAACCAUGUCAUGGGGCAACAUGAGCAUCCAAUCAUAGAAACCUUAGCCCUCUCAAGGGUUCCUUGGUCGUUCCUCUAGAACAGGAGUGUCCAGUCUUAUCCGGAAAGGGCCGGUGUGGUCCAGACUUCAUUUCCAUCAAGCAGGAGCCACACCUGAUUCCACCUGAUGAUCUUGGUGUUCAUUAGACUCGGGUGUGGCUUCUGCUCGAUUGGAAUUGAAGACCUGCACCCACACAGCCCUUUCCGGACAAGAUUGGACAUGCCUGCUCUAGGAGAACACUGAUUCCUCAUCAGAAGUGGUUUCAGGUAGAAAGCUGGUGAAGCUUUAAUUAUGGAGAGGAAGCUGCUUUAUGAGACUUUCACAGGUAACCAUCUCAUGGGCCAAUAUGGGGCCACUCAUAGCUACACUCUGAGAUACCUUGGGGGCUCUAAAUGGUUCCUUUGUUGUUCCUCUAGGAGAACAGUGAUUUCCCAAUCAGAAGGGGUGUCAAUAGAAUGCCACAAAGCUUUAAUUAUGGAGAGGAAGCUGCUCUAGGGGACUUUUGAAGGUAAACCAGCUCAUGGGGCAACUUUUUGACAGAUCCCUAGAAACCUUAAGAGUCUUUGGUUGUUCCUCUAGGAAAACAUAAAUUCCUCAUCAGAAUAGAUUCCAAGUAGAAUUUGUUUAGAAUCUUUAAUUAUGCCAAGUAAGACGCUUUAGAAGACUUUCACAGGUAACCAGGUCACAGGGCAACAUUCCGACAGAUUAGGAACCCUGACUUCCACCUUAUAGCCUGAACAUUCAGAACCCUCAAGGGCUCUUCCCUCCAUUUCAUUCCGUUCAUCAUAUUACCUGAACAUGAAUCCAGAACAUUCCCAUAUUCCAUGAACAUGAAUCCAGAACAUUCCAAGCGGUGCUGCUCUCGGAUCCGGCCAGUCGUUUAUCUAUCUGUUGAAAAAUCCUGCUCAAGUUCUCUGAAAGGUAUCUGAGAUGACGGAACUGAUCAAUAUUACGAUGUAUCAGAUCACCAGUUCUGCACAUGCCUCAUUUCAUCAUUUCGGUGUUUAACUGAACACCUUUCAUACUGAAGACUCCAAGACUGACCAGGCCAGGUCCACAGCCUGGGCUCCAUUACCACCAACACAACAACCUCCAGGACUGGCAUUGUGGUACUUUAACACUAUAUUCUCAUAUAGAGAACCACCACACACACACACACACACACACACACACACACAGUUACCUGUGUAUUAAGGCACAUCAUGAACAGUGUGGUUUCUCAGUGUUUCACUAACACCGUAAAUCCACUCAUAACGAGGGUUACAUACCUCAACCUCUUCUUAGCGCUGAAGGUACAUUGUGAUAGCUACGUGAAUUUUCGAAUCACACGAGACUUUUAACAUUUCACGGAUUUGUUUUCCAAAAACAUCCUAAAAAAACGUGAAAAUCCAGAAUUCCAUUAAUUCCACAGCGUCACUAAUUCCAUCGGUUACAGAUGAAAAACGACGUUCUAUUACAGCUAGUAAUGUGCCACUGUUUUUUUUUUUUUUUUUUUCUCAAGUU